GAGGCUUCAGUUCUUCUUCUCUCUCCGGCUCGCUUUCCUUCUCCGCACGUGAGAGGCCGCGCUCGGCAUGGCCGCCCUGUAUGUGGAGGAUCUGCUGGCCCGCGCCGAGGAGCGCGAAGCCGAGACGCGGCGCAGCGUGGCAGUGCACAAGGAGCUGGAGCUGGAGUUCGACGCGGGCAACUUGCUGGCGGUGGACCGGAACCCGGUGGGGCGCGCCGUGGUGGCCCGCGAGGCCUUGCUGAGAACCCUGGCGCGGGACAACACGCAGCUCCUGGUGGGCCAGUUGUGGGGGUUGCCGUCGGAGCGGGCCGAAGGCGGAGCGGGGCCGGUGGUGGCCAAGCUGCCCGAGCCGUCGACCCGCCUGCCCCGCGAGAAGCCGCUGCCCAAGGCCCGUCCCCUCACGCGCUGGGAGCAGUUCGCCCGCCUGAAGGGCAUCCGCCCGACGCGCAAGAAGCGCGGCACGCUGGUCUGGGACGAGGCGGCCAAGGAGUGGCGCCGCCGCUGGGGCUACCGCCGGGCCGGGCCCAACCCCUCGCGCGACUGGCUGCUGGAGGUGCCCGAGGGGGCCGACCCGCUGGAGGACCAGUUCGCCAGGCGGCGCCGGGAGAAGCGCGAGCGGGUGGCGCGCAACGAGCUCAGCCGUCUUCGCAACCUGGCGCGCGCCCACCGCGGGGCCGCCGCCAAUGAACUGCACCCCACGGGCCGCCAAGACCGGGCCGAGCUGGGGCGCGUCUCUGCCGUCGCCCGCCUCUCCACGGCUUCCCGCGGCCGCUUCCAGCCGCGCCUGCCCAAGGAGCCGCCCGCCCCGAAGAGCGCCGGCCCGGGCGGGAGGAAGCGUCGCUUCGGGCCGGUGUUGGGAGACUUGGAGGGGGAGAAGAAGAGGCAGCUGGAGCUGGCCCGGAGCCUCAGCGCCAAGAAGCCGCCCCUCGACCUCACCCGCGCAGUCAACAAGCAGCUGCGCCAGGACGAAGCCGAGGCUGCCGCCGCCGCCAAGGGAAAAAAGCGCGGACAGCGCGGCAAGAGGGCACGGCGGCAGCAGCGGAGACCUGGCGGCAAGAAGAGCGGAGGAGCGGCCCGGAGGGGGAGUCAGGGAAGCUCGGGCAGCGUCGGGGGCAAGAGGAAAAAGAAAUGAACUGAGGGGCUGGGUGGUCUUGCCGGCCCAGACCGGAUAGUCCUGCACUGAUAGCAUCCUUCCAUAGGCCAGAGCCUUGCCAAGGGAGCCUCAGUGCUGCUGAACCUUGCUACAUCAUGAAAUGAGAACGAGGCCUUAAUCUGUGGCAGCUCUCUCUUCUAGUUGGACUGUGGCCUUGCACCCUCCAAGACAAACUUAAUCAGUAAAAAAGGGUGAGGAUCUUCCCCCUCAGAGAUCUGGGCUGCAGUAAUCCUUGACUCUAGUGGGAUUGAUCAAACAGAUCUUCAACAGACAAGGAGUAAUAUGCUUUCAUUGGACACAAAACAUUGACAUAGACCUCAGAUAUCAGCACCAACAUGAACAGAUGGUGCUUGUUAUCAGAAAGUUUGAUGGAGCUCCAGUUCUGACAUUUUCUAGAUUUUACUGUGUUUUGGAUUGAUGACUGCCUUGUGUCCAAAGAAGUGAAAUCAUUGCAAGGGGUAUAGAGUUGAAAUAUUUCAAAAGCUUUAUUUCAUACAGAAUAAAAAACAUAAUACCUUAA